AUGGGAGGUUGCUUCUUUGGCCUCUUCAGCAUCAGGAACAACGGAAACACAAGGAAUCAAAUAUUUGUAGUUGAAUUCGACAUAGUUCAACAAACAAAUUUGCAUGAUAUAGAUGAAAGCCAUGUGGGUGUCGACAUCAAUGGUGUGAACUCCAGUGCCUUCGAACCGGCUGCUUACUAUACAGGGAAUCGCAAAAAAGAACAGGGGGUCCUAGACGGCCAGACACCCAUUCAAGCAUGGAUAGAAUAUGAUGGGCAAAUGAAAGAACUCUACGGUGCAACCAAAGGUUUCAAGGAGGAGUUGGGGAAAGGAGGGUUUGGCAAUGUCUACAAAGGUGUGCUUUCCAGGAGCGGAAUCGAGGUUGCAGUUAAGAGAGUAUCGCAUGGUUCAAAGAAAGGGAUGAGGGAGUUUGUGGUGGAAAUAUCAAGCCUGGGGAGGAUGAGGCACAGGAUCGUGGUCCAAUUGCAUGGUUGGUGUAGACGAUGCAAUGACCUGCUCCUGGCUUAUGAAUUCAUGCCAUAUGGGAGUAUAGACAAUUUUCUUUUUGAUGUGAAAGGUAGAAGCCUGAGUUGGGAACAGAGGUUCAAGAUUCUAAAGGGAAUUGCUUCCGGCCUGCUGUAUCUUCAUGAAGAGUGGGAGCAAGUGGUUGUGCACAGAGAUGUUAAAGCAAGUAACGUGUUGUUAGAUGGUGAUCUAAAUGGCAGGUUGGGUGAUUUUGGUCUUUCCAGACUCUAUGAGCAUGGGGCCAACCCCAAGGCAACCCAAAUCGUUGGGAGUUUUGGGUACAUGGCGCCGGAGUUCUCCAGCACCUGGAAGUCCAGCACGAGUGCCAAUGUCUACUCUUAUGGUGCUUUGCUCCUAAAGGUGGCCUACGGAAGGAGGCCUAUUGAGCCGGAGAGACAUUGUGAAGAGAUGGUUCUAUUGGAGUUAGUCCACUCUUUGUGGAAGGAUGGACGUAUACUGGACGCCAUGGGCAAAAGGCUUGGGAAUAGCUACGUGGUGGAGGAAGUAGAGCUUGUGCUGAAGCUUGGCAUUCUCUGUUCACAGGCUGCACCUGAAUCAAGGCCAAUCAUGCGGCAAUUAACUCAGUAUCUUGACCAUGACGCCUCAUUACCAGAUCUAGAAUGCCAGAAUCUUGUUAUUCAAGACGAUCCAGGCUUGGACCAAAUAAUUGUGUAG